CGCUCCAUAGAGGUAGCAGAGGAAGAAGUAGAGGUAGAGGUAGCCCCAGAGGUGGCACCCGAGGCAGAGGCAGAGGCAGAGGCCGCACCAGAACCUGAGCCUGAACCUGAGGCAGAACCAGAACCAGAACCCGAGCCGGAGCCUGAGCCAGAGCCUGUGGCAGAGCCUGAACCAGAACCGGAACCAGAACCAGAACCAGAAGCAGAGCCUGAACCAGAGCCAGAGCCAGAGCCGGUGGAAGAGGAAGAGGAGAAGCCAAAAUUCAAACCCAGUGCACCUAAGAUCCCAGAGGGUGAGAAAGUGGACUUUGAUGACAUCCAGAAGAAGCGUCAGAACAAGGAUCUGAUUGAGCUGCAGGCACUGAUCGAUGCUCACUUCGAGCAGAGAAAGAAGGAGGAGGAAGAAAUUAUCGCCCUCAAAGAAAGAAUUGAGAAGCGCCGGGCAGAGAGGUCAGAGCAGCAGAGGAUCCGUGCUGAGAAGGAUAAAGAGCGCCAGGCGAGACGUGAGGAAGAAAGGCUGAAGAGGGAGGAGAUCGAUGCCAAGAAGAGGGCUGAUGAGGAAGCCAAGAAGAAGUCAGCCCUGACCAGCAUGGGCUCAAACUACAGCAGCUAUCUUCAGAAGGCUGACCAAAAGAGAGGGAAGAAGCAGACCGAGAGAGAGAAGAAGAAGAAGAUCCUGGCUGACAGACGCAAGCCCCUCAACAUUGACCACCUAAAUGAGGACAAACUGAGGGAAAAGGCCAAGGAGCUGUGGGACUCGAUGCAUGGUCUGGAGGCUGAGAAGUUUGACCACAUGGAGAAACUGAAGAGACAGAAGUAUGAGGUCAUCUCUCUCAGAAACCGCAUUGAUGAGCUUCAGAAACACAGCAAGAAGGGAGCCGCUGCCCGUCGCAGAAAGUAAGCAGCGGGCUGAAGAGGCCUCAGCCCCAGUGUGGCCCCAUCCUGAAACUCGGAGCGUGGACCACUUCCAUACGGGACAAUGGGCCCUCGCAGCAGCUUCGACUAAGACUGGAACCAUGGCACGCAAACGUCUCACACUUCUGGGCGUCUUUCCGUCUAAUUGGUGUUAUUGUGUAAAGUCCACUUUAACAGCUAUUAGCAGUUGUCAUAGAAAUAGCCGCAAUUGUGCCUUCUCACGCUGGACUGAUGUUUGGUUCUCAUUAUUUUUGUAAAUAAAGUGUGACUCUUC